AUGUCCCUGCCUCCCAUCGCGCCGCCGCCACCUGCUGCCGCCCCCCGCUCGCAGCCUAGGAAGCAGCAGCAACCGCAGUCGCCGCCAGCGGCGGCGCCUAGAAAAGCCCCAGCAACAGCGGCGGCCUUCACGCCCGCCAAGCCGCCGCGGAAAGGUCGAGGGCCGCCUUCGGAGCGCUCCGGCGCUUUCUCGAGUUCUUGGCCCAGCGCUUCUCUCCAGAAGCAGCUGCCGCGCAGCAGAGCCGCCCAAGGGAGCAGCAACCUCGCGCCGGCCCAGGCGGCAGCGCCGCUCUUGGGACUCCCUCCUCCGUCUCCCGCCCGGGGCCGCUCGGGCUUGGCGCUGCCGGGCUCAGGCACACGCUCCUGCGAGAGUCUCGGCGCGGCGGCGCAAGGAGGGCGCGGAGAGGCGGCGCUGCGCUUCUCGCUGAGCCUUCCCCCCGAGGCAGUGCGGGUGCUGCAGCGCCGAAGUCUGGAGAAGCAGCAGCGGCAACGAGUGCGGACCCCCAGGCACGCCUCGCCCGACGCGGCAAAGCCUCUCCUGGCGCCAGGCUCCAGCCCCGGCGGGGACUUGCGCGCCCUGCUCCAGGUCUCCCUCUUGAAUGAGCGCCACCGCUACGACGACGUGGAGUACGAGGAAGAGGCGCCCGGCGCCCCCGGAGCCUGUAAGCCGCUGGACGAAGGGCUGGUGCGGAAGUGCACCGAGUGGCUGCGAGGCGUCGAGAGCGCUGCGGCCCGCGACCAAGGCAACAAGCUGGACACCCUGCCCCACUUGAGUACCCUGUGAAGGUCCCGCCGCUUCUUCCCCAGGCCCGGGCCCUUCAUCACGCCGAGGCGAGACUUGCUGUCCAUCCUCGCCUCUUGACCGCUGGUGGAUUCCCCUCGCCUCUUUCGGGUUACAGCUGUUGCACUGACAUGGAGCUUUUUUAAUGCCUCUUCUGUGAAUAAAGAAAUAACUUAGAGCCCUGGCAAGGCAACCCUUUAUAAUUGGCCGCAAGGGCAGUAUUUUCUUUUUCUGGCCAGAAUUGCUGGGCUAUAUGUUUUUAAUGGUCUGCAAAUGGAGACUGAUGGCACACCAAAGGAAAUGGGCUUGCAUUAGCCGCUUAGGACUCUGUAGAGUAAGAUAAGGCUCAUUGAAAAGCACUCUUGGGAAUCCUAGAAUGAGGAUUUGAUUCACCUUCUGAAUGAGAAAACUUUCUGCUGGAGUACAGCAGAAAGAAAGAAAAGAAAAGAAAGAAAUUAUGCUGGAAAGGACUAACCUGCUGUAGUAGUUUUGGCAAUAGGAAUUGCUGAACAUGGGACAUGUUAGCUUUAAGAGACUGGUGAGUGAAGUUCAGCUUUUCACUCUCUCGUUUUACCACAACUCACCAAAUAUACAUACUACACUUGGUCAUCUCAUUGUCUCUAAAUAACUUACUAUAGAAACUUUGUAAAGUCUCUUAGAGGCAGCUGAAUCUGUUUUGCCACAUUUCUUGUAAUUUCUCCAGCCUUCCCUGGACCAGAGCCUGCAAAGUUUAUAAAACAAUCUUUAUAUUAUGCAGGUAUUGUUGUAAUGAAAAAUUAAUGUACACUGCAUAAGAGCUCAGUGUUAAACAGUGAAGAUAAAUGUUCUGGAAAAAAUGGUACAGUGUAAAUAAGGAAGAGCACAGUCAUUUUGUAAAUUUGUAGUAUUUUUAUUUAUUUGAAUAAACAGUUAAAGAGAA